AUUAUCUGAAUAGCCCCUCCCCUGACAGGCUAAUAUAUGCUAAUAAUAAAUAAUACAAUGCUUCUUCUAUUUUAGCUUUUUCAUGUUGCUUUUUAAGUCGCCAUUUUUUCUUCAUACUCCAUAAAUAUCGCGGAUUUUCAUGUUUCCAAAAUAUUUAAUUUUGAUGAUAUUAUUCUCAGAUAAAAGAAAGCAUCUAGCUAAAUAGUAUGGAGGAUAGAGGGGAGAAUGUCCGUGUUGUUGUUAGGGUUCGCCCCCUUAACUCACAGGAGACAGAGGCUGGAUACAAGGUUAUUACUCAUGUUAAUCCUAUCGAUGGUUCUAUCACUGUACAAUCUCCAGGACGUGAGGUGACUGGAAGCCGAGAGCAGCCGCUAGACGCUCCACCCAAACAAUUUACAUUUGAUACAGUCUUUCCUCCAGAUGUAAAGCAGGUUGAUGUGUACACAAGGGUUGCAAGAUCUAUUGUAAACAAUGUACUCGAGGGAUACAACGGUACAAUAUUCGCGUACGGGCAGACGGGGACAGGGAAAACCUUUACAAUGGAGGGUAACAGGACUGUACCUGAACUCAAGGAAAUAUCGCCAAAUUUUAUCAAAUUGACCUCUUACUUUGAAUAUACUUGACCAAACAAAUAUUUUUCGGGAUGAUAUGCUUGAUCUGAAAUAUACGAUCUACUUGAUGUGUAGGUCAGGGACCUCUUAGGGAAGGAUCAGAGCUUGAGAUUAGAUGUCAAGGAAAGACCAGAUGUCGGGGUAUACGUCAAGGAUUUAUCUGCUUUUGUUGUGAAUAAUGCGGAUGAUAUGGACAAAGUUAUGACAAUUGGGAAUAAGAAUCGAAGUGUUGGGUCUACUCACAUGAACGCCUUAAGCUCAAGAAGCCACGCCAUCUUUACCAUUACUAUAGAGUGCUCGGAGAAGGGGGCUGACAACCAACAGCAUUUCAGGGUUGGUAAACUGCACCUGGUAGAUCUGGCAGGAUCUGAAAGACAAAGUAAGACUGGUGCUAGUGGCACAAGAUUAAAGGAAGCAACAAAAAUAAACCUCUCUCUCUCCACCCUAGGAAACGUGAUAUCAGCCUUGGUGGAUGGUAAAAGUACACAUGUACCGUACAGAAAUAGUAAACUAACACGUCUACUUCAGGAUUCAUUAGGUGGUAACUCUAAGACCCUGAUGUUUGCUAAUGUUGGACCUGCAGAUUAUAAUUACGAUGAAACUAUUGGAACACUCAGAUAUGCUAGUAGAGCGAAAAGUAUAAAGAACAAAGCCAAGAUUAAUGAAGAUCCCAAGGACGCUUUGAUGAAACAAUAUCAGAAGGAAAUAGAGGAUUUAAAACGAAUGCUGGAGGACGAAGAGGACGAAGAAGAAGAAGAAGAGGAGGAGGAGGAAGAAGACGAUGAAGAGGAUGAAGAGGGUGAAGAAGAAAAGACUGAUUCUUCAAAAGAACGAAAAGUUUCCCCUGUAAAGAAAGCAAAAGUAAGAAAGGUGUGUGAGAAGAAAGGAAGAGAGGGGAAGGAGUUGGAGAAGGCCCAAGCUGACCAGGAGGCUAUAAAGCAGAAACUGGCAGCACUUGAGAAGAAAAUAAUUGUUGGAGGGGAGAAUUUACUAGAUAAGGCUGAAGAACAGGAAAGGUUAUUAGAAGAGAGUGCUCAAGAGCUGGAGCAUACAAUACAAACAGAGCAAACUCUUAGGGAUCAAUUAAAAGCUGUUGAAGCUGAGAGGGUUGAUAUAGAGGAGAAAUACUCAUCCCUUCAGGAGGAAGCUAAUGGAAAGACCCGAAAGCUGAAGAAGGUGUGGGGUAUGUUGCAAACAGCCAAAUCAGAACUAUCCGACCUUCAGCAAGAGCAGCAGAGAGAGAUGGAAGGAUUGCUUGAUAGUGUUUAG